GCUAAGAUAGUCCCGUAGUCUGUGAUUUGCCAAAUUGCCAACGUCAACAAACAUGGUGUUGAUGUUUUUCCGCCGCUCCGCCGAACAAACCAACUUCAAUUUCAACCUUCAGUGAAUCCGAUGUUUAUUUACAAAUUAUUUUGUAUUAUUUUUUAUAAUCGUUCGUGAGGAUUCCAAAAAAUAUGCACCUUGUUAAAUUUUUUAUUGGAUUAUUUGCAAUGUGAAAUGCAUGAUCCUGAGAAAACUAUCAAUGCCUCUAAUUCAAAUAGUGAUACAAUAGAUGAAAGUGGAACACCUUUACAAGAUAUUGAAUUAGCUAAUGUAAAUACUCAGCCGUUAGACAUCAUGGACAAUGAUUCAAAAAAAUCACAACUAUAUUUAUCAAAUAAGCAAGGAAAACAAGGUUAUAUUAAAUAUGUAAGCCUGGUUAUUUUGACCUUGCAAAAUGCCACAUUAGGCCUUAGUAUGAGAUAUGCACGCACAAGAAAAGUGGAGAUGUUUUCUUCAGCUGCAGCUGUAUUGAUGGCUGAAGUUUUUAAGUUAGUAAUCUGCAUUGUACUAGUAAUGCAAGAAUCUCGUAGCAUUAGGAAGGGUUUUCAAUCAAUGUAUGCUACGGUUAUAUUAAAUGUUAAAGACACUUUACGCGUUUGUGUGCCAUCGUUUUUGUAUAUAAUUCAAAACAAUUUGCUUUAUGUAUCUGCGUCUAACCUGGAUGCUGCAACAUAUCAGGUGACAUAUCAAUUAAAACUUCUGACAACAGCUUUCUUUGCUGUUAUUGUAUUAAAAAGGAAACUAAAAAAAUGGCAGUGGUUUGCAUUAGGUAUAUUAGCUGCAGGAGUAGCACUUGUUCAACUAUCUUCUACAGAAAAAAAGGAUUCAGAGAUAUCUACUGAGGGCCAAUCACGAAUAUUGGGGUUUGGAGCUGCAUUAGCUGCAUGUUUUAUAUCAGGAUUUGCUGGAAUCUAUUUCGAGAAAGUUCUUAAGGAGUCUGAUAUAUCUGUAUGGAUGCGAAAUGUACAAUUAAGCCUGCUUUCGUUACCGUUCGGAACAAUAACAUAUUUAGUUAAUAACGAAGGGUCUAUGAAGACAAUACUAAAAGGGUUUGAUGGCUUCGUUUGGUAUUUGGUAUUGUUACAAGCCGCAGGCGGUCUUAUUGUGGCCGUGGUAGUCAAGUAUGCCGACAAUAUACUCAAGGGAUUUGCUACCUCUGUUGCAAUAAUAAUUUCAUGUGUUGCUUCUAUGUAUUUAUUCAAUUUCAUAUUGACCAUACAAUUCGCAGUAGGCACAAUGUUCGUCAUAGGUUCCAUUUUCCUAUAUGGUUAUGUGCCUAAGAAGCCCGACCCUCGCAAUAACUUGAAUGUAUGAUAUUCUGAUGAUUAUGCUUAAAUUUUAUAAGUAUUAGAAAAAAGUACUUAAAUGAUGUAAAUUUAACUACCCUCUUACAUCACAAUCAGGCAACUUAUAUACACACAAAUCUUGACGUCAUGUUCCUGUAUUAUAUACCUGCAUCUUAAAUAUUUAGGUUGAGUAAUAUAAUGUAAAAAUAUAUACGAUAUAUUUUUUUUACAAUUUUUACAUUUGUUUUAAUUAAGUCAUGAAGCUAAAGCUGCUUAGGGAUAGCGCGAUUAGCUGUCAACGCGCACAUUGGAUACGCGUACAGCCCCUUUACAGACCAUGCCCCGCCCGAACCUGGAUACGAGACCACACGAUCCACAGCACUACUGGAGCCUGAUCAGUAACUGCUAUUAUUCACAAUUGAAACUCGAUGCGUCCAUUUUGUCGUCCCAAUCGGGCGUGCACGUUUUCUUUGACACGCGACCAAAAACCGACUGGCGACGGUGACUCGCCGCUCGCCGGUAAAUCAACUUGCGCGGCACGCGUGCUUUUACACCCUUAUUAAUAAACAAGUAAUAAGCUUAGACUAGUUAUGCCGUGUUAUGUUCAUGUCACUCAAAUGCCAUAUGUCAUUCAAUUAACAGAGACAAAUCAUGGAGUAACUAAUCCAAGCUUAUUCUUCGUUUAUCAAUAAGUGGGUUAGAGUGUACGGUAUAGCCACAAGUACGGAUAUAGUGUUCUAGGGCACACGUAACCGGCUAUACAUAUCCUGGCACGCGCUAUCCGUACGCAGCUUAAUAUGUAGGUACUAC